AACUUUCGGGGUAGUUUUCUUUGCACAUAAAGAUAAGAGAUUGGUUUUGGCGUCAGGAGAUUGGUUUGACACUCAGUUUAUUAUAGAAUUUGACGACAGAGAGAUUGGUUUGACAUUCAGUUUAUUAUGA